CAAAUACAAUGGAGGAGGGCAAGACUGAAGACAUCCAGAGUAUUCUGCGACUUAAUGUGCGAGGCUGUUUCUACGUGGCCAGGCGUGAGUCUUUGUGCCGCUUUAAGGACUCGAUGCUUGCCUCCAUGUUUAGUGGACGCUUUCCUCUCAAAGUGGAUGAAUCAGGAGCAUGUCUAAUUGAUAGAGAUGGAACCCUCUUUAAAUACCUCUUGGAUUAUCUUCACGGAGAAGUUCGGAUUCCUGAGGAUGCCCAAGUUCGAACUGCACUGCAGGAGGAAGCAGAUUAUUUUGGCAUCCCUUAUCCAUACAGUCUGUCUGACCACUUGGCUAACGAAAUGGAGACGUAUUCUUUAAGGUCAAAUAUAGAGCUUAAAAAGGCUUUGUUAGACUUCUGUGAUUCUUAUGAUUUAGUUUGUACCAAGCCUACAGUUUGGGUCCUGCACUAUCUCAACACUUCUGGAGCAAGCUGUGAAAGUAAAAUUAUUGGUGUGUAUGCCACAAGAGCUGAUGGGACAGAGGCAAUUAAUAAGGAGCUAGGAGCAAAAAUUCAUAGUAAACGCAUUUACAAAAGAGAAGCUGGAAAUAACGUCCAGUACAUCUGGAGCUAUUACUCAGUGGCUGAGUUGAAAAAGAUGAUGGAUGCUUUCGACAUCUGGGAAGGGAGAGGUGUCAGCUACUGGAGGGUGCCUCAGGAGCUGAUUGAAUGCUGGACCCUUGAAGAACAGCCAUUGAAAGGCAGUUUACAUCAUAUGCCUCCAGUCCAUAAGAGACGAUUAAUUGACUUCACUGAAGAGGAAGACUAUUUACCACGUAAAGUGGGUCCCAAGCCAAUCAGGUUCUCGGGUCCCUCCACAAGUACCCACAUCAAAGUCAGAAACUCAGCUGCAUUAAAGGUGGCUGCUUGCAGCACUUCACAUUCUGCAGUGACUCUUAAGAGACCCAAUGGUGAAACUUUGUCAACACACAAAGUAGCUUCCAAAACUCUUCCCACAACAUCCAUCUCAGUACCCAGCAGUUCCUGGGCAGCCUGUGGAAGAGAGAGUGCUGACAGUGAGGCACCAUGUCAGAUGGUGUUGGAGACCACGGUGUCUCAGAAGCCUGUAAGAAACCGUGUAGUAAAGCUGAAGCGAACUCCCCUUCUUCUUAAGACAUCACCUCAGCCAUCUUUUCCUCUAGACAGUAAAUCAAGUGGACAGGACAGUCCUGCUGCUGAAAUUCUUACCACUUGCAUGGUACUGAAAAAGGAGGAACCAGCUGUAUUAACAGACAGUAUCAACCUUCGGAACAAGAAAGCAGAUGGAUGAUGUUUGAUGCGGCCUGACGGGAUAGCUGUGCAUCGUCUGGUCAAAGAAG